ACGAGCCCCCUUUUUUUAGUUGCCCAAUAUGGCGGUGGAAGGGAGGCUGACGAAGAAGAAAAUGAUUGACACCGCAAGUCUAUUUAAACAGAGGAGGAGAUCCAUUGGUUGCGGCGCCGGGAGCCGCCCCGCCGAGGCUGGCGAGCGCGGCCUUAAGGUGGCCCGGCGCGGCCGCGACGCCUCCCCGCCUGCCCGCGCGCGCCGACUCCGACAGCGCCGCCCGGAGAUUGGCUGGUCGCGUGACUGCCGGAGGUGUGCCGCUGCCAGCAAACCUGCUCCGGCUGGCCUCGGAGAAAUUAAAAACGAGACAAACAAACUCGCCAAACGGCCGGGAAGCCGGGGAGGGGCGGGGGCGGCGGGGCCUGGGGUUCAGGUCCCGGCUCGGCGCUGCGCUGCCUGGCGCGCCCUCUCCUCGCCGGGGGAACGGAGGGGCAGGAUCAGAUGAUCUCGAAGGUGGCUAGCGGCUGGUUUUACGCCUCGGUGGCGAUCUUGUUUUCCCGGCACUCGCCGAGCCUGGGGCGCGGGCCGCUGGGGGCGGAGGCAGACGGUGGGAGCUCUGCCCCCAGCUGGGCUCUCGCCGGUG